AUGCAAGGUUUACACAUUCUGGCAGCAAUAUGCGUUCUUGCACUAGCUACCUAUAUUAUUAUCCUUCCAGUUUGGGUUGUUUAUAAUGGUAAAAUCGUAACAGAUAUUCUAGUUGCUAGCUUCUUUAAACCAAAAUAUAAUCCUGCUACAUCGACAUUUGAAUGUAAUGAAGCUAAAUAUUAUGGAGAAGUAUCUCAUACUACCUUCCUUGAACAAAUAUCAGGGUUUGGUUCGAUUGCAGGAUUAAUUUUUAACAUAGCUGUUUAUGGUGCAACCUCUAAAUUAGAAGAAACUGGUGUUCAAACAAUUUCUGCAGUUAUUAAUUUAGAAAUGUUGAACAUUUCCAUGGAUUUAUUAUAUUUCAUUUUUUCUUUUAUUUCAAUUAUUACUAAUUUUGGAAUUCUUAAAUGGGAAAAAUUACAAAAAAAUUCUUUUUUAUCUAAACCUAAAAAUUUUAUUCAUAAAAAAAUUUUCUUUUUUACUAUUUUCUUUUCCAUAACCGAAUGUUUUUUUGAAUACGCUUUUUAUUGUACUCCUAAAAAUGUUGAUACAAUUUUUUUCUUUAUUUUAACCACUGUUUUAACCCGUUCAAUUGCUUCAUUCUUUUCUAAUGAUAAAGAACUUAAAGUUAAAAAUAUUAUGAUUUAUGGAAAUAAAUAUAAAGGAAGUACCGACAGAAAGAAUAAGAAUACUAUUGAUAGGCGUGAAUUUGUCUUUUUAAGACUUGAUGGAGAGGAACAAAUUCGUAAAUUUAUCGGUCAAGCAAGACUUUAUUUAAAAGUCUAUCGCGAAAAUGACAAUAAGAACAAAAAUCCUGAUAUGAAGGAUGAAGAAGAUAUUAUUGAUGAUGACGAUCAGAACAUGAAAAACGACGUAAAGAUUAUUGAACAAAUUAAAGAGUAUUAUGUAUACGAAAGAUAUAAAGAUGUUAGAAGAUUUUACCAAAAUAAGCUCUUAGAUCCUGAAGAUAAUAAAAAAGAUUAUAACAAUUCUGAUGAAGAUAUUGAAAAAGAUUAUAAAAUUUCUGAUAAAGAUUCUGAUGAAGUUUCUAAAAAAGAUUCAAAGAAAGAAUAUUUGUUUAUUAAAAAACAUAAAUAUAGGUCUAUUAUUGAAAAAAUUAUAGCCGAGAAUAAUGAACCUAUCUUAAAAUAUCAAAAAGGUCUUAAUAUUCCAGGAAUUCCAAUUAUAGCUAAAGAGAUCUUUAGAAAUGCUGUAUCUUUUGUUAAUGUUCUUGAAAUGGGUUUAUUUCAUUAUAUUACUUAUUCGCAUCGGUCACGAAAAAAGUUUAAAAAAUAUAAGGCUGAACGAGUUAAAAAACUUUUUAUUAAUGCUGAUGUUAAGAAGAUUGCUCAUUAUAAAAAUCAAGAUGACAUCAAUAUUGAUUUUUUAAUGAAUCAUGAUGAAGGAUCAAAAAAUACCGAGAUGAAUCUAAUAAAAAUUGAUUUCAUUGAAGCAAGUGGUAAAUGGUUUAUAAUUCCUGAGCUUUUGGAAUUUUUUUAUGAUAGUAAAAAAGAAAAUUAUGGCCAGAAAUUAAGAGAAGAAUUCGAAUUUUGUGAAAUCAUAGAAGAGGUAUUAAAUGAUUCUUCUAAAAGUGAUCAAUAA